AUGGCCGCCUUUUUGUCUCAUGCUCCGCCUCGAUCGCGACCCAGCCUCGACGACGUGAUUCUUGAAUCACGAUCGCUGUGGUUUGAUCGGUCUCACUUCGCAAAGAUGGUGCGCGCACACUCGGCUGCACGAUGACCGCGCCAACGCUAAGAUUCUCGUUGAAUCUAAGAGUCAGAGGUCAAUCACGCAUGUCGAUGAGUCUUGAAGAGGAUCUCAAACAACAAAUCGAAGGGCGCGUCGGAGCUAUAGCACCCCUUUGAAGUCAUCAGUCGAAUAUGUGGGCCUUUUUGAGAGACCGGAGAAAGCUUGAAAGGCAACAGAAUGACUUCAUCGUCGCGAUACUGGGCGAUGAGCGAGCUUCGGACUUUGGUGUCAGAGAUGCACGUUAG